AUCGUCGGCUUCCGUAAAUCACUUUCGGUCAGCUGUUUACGAUGCUGUUAAGCUGUUGUUCGUCGUACAGCUUUUAUCAGCAAUAAUUUUCUAUCUAUUUAAUGUAAGCGUUGUGAUACGGUAAAGGGCUCACAUUAUGGAGAGUUCAGACACGAGCGCUAUUCUUCCGGAGGAUUCUUCAGAUUCGGGUGAAUCCAGCGAAGUCUGUUGUUGUUGUUUAAGGGUGCCUGAGGGUGCCAGACCUCCACCUUGCUCGUGUCCGUUUUCCGUGACCGUGGAGCCCGUUAUGUUCUUGUCUAUGUUCUCCAUAGUUCUCCAAACGCCCCUAUACAUGCAGUACCUGUGGGAUCGUAUUAGUGAAGAUGUAGGUUAUAAUGGAUCAAAAGCAGUAGGGUGUAAUGCUUCGACUAUUGACGACCCUUUACAGAAGGAAGUGGAGACACUGACAGCCCACUGGAACAUGUAUAUCAAUUUGGGUGGAUUUCUUGUUGGCCUGUUUACUGUGACCUUUCUGGGCUCAUGGAGUGACCGCGCAGGUCGGCGUCCGGUUCUGAUCAUCCCUUCCUUAGGCUUGGCUAUCCAGGCGGCUGUAUAUCUGAUUGUAAUGUAUUUAAAGCUGCCAGUGUACUGGUUUCUCAUCGGACGGAUUUUCAGCGGCCUCUCUGGGGACUUUAAUGCCAUUUUGGCUGGAUGCUUUUCUUAUGUGGCUGACAUUAGUGGCAGGGGCUCACGCACCUUUCGUGUGGCAAUACUAGAAGCUUGUCUGGGGAUUGCUGGCAUGUUUGCCAGUAUCAUUGGUGGACAUUGGCGUAAGGCGCAGGGGUAUAUCAACCCUUUCUGGCUUGUAUUGGCCACAAACUUAGCAGCGGCUCUGUACGCCUACCUCUUUGUGCCUGAAUCUGUUACCCCUGACCCAGAGGCAAAACUCCUCUCCACCAGGCACCAUCGGGCUGUCUACCGCCUCUACACAUCUAAUGAACAGCAGGGACGCAGGACUAACCUGUGGCUCUAUACUUGCUGCUUCUUUUUGUUGGUGUUUGUACAUUUAGGAUGCAGGGAGCUUUACGUGCUCUAUGAAUUGAGCGCUCCACUUUGUUGGGGUUCAGAGCUGAUUGGCUAUGGCUCCGCAGCCAAUAAUUUGACUUAUCUCACCAGCCUGAUUGGUCUCAAGCUUAUGAAGUACUGUUUAAAGGACUUCUGGGUGGCUUUGGUGGCCCUAACUUCAAACAUCACCGGCUUGAUUGUGAUUUCGGUCGCCAACACCACAGCUAUUAUGUUCACAGGAUAUGGUCUGUGUUUCCUUUCCAUGGCCUGUACUCCGGUGCUGAGAUCUAAACUGUCCAAGCUGGUGGAUCCUUCAGAACAAGGGGCUCUGUUUGCAUCGGUGGCGUGUGUUGAAGGUCUGUGCUCACUAGUGUCUAGUGCAGUUUUUAAUUCCUUGUAUCCGGCCACCCUACACUUCAUGAGGGGUUUCCCCUUCAUCUUUGGGGCUUUGGUUCUCGUCAUUCCAGCUGGAGUGAUUGGGGGCUUGGGUUGUCAAGAGAAGAGGAGGAACAGAGAAAACUCUGGGACAUCCUGACACUGCAAAACCUCUGAAAACUGAAAAGUUUUUUUAUUGUGUUUUACCAAAACGUAUUGUUCUUAAAGGACAAGUUCGGUAUUUUACACUUAAAGCCCUGUUUUUAGAUUGUUUAUGAUGAAAUAGAACGGUUUUGACUGAAAUUUGGACAUAUGCUGCUGGACAUAUGCUGCUUUCCAACAGGUUUUAUCGUAGUUUUUGUGCAACUACAUUGACUUGUAUUAGAUGUGCUGUGAGGUACGGUAUUACUCCGCCGCCAGGAACAGAAAUGGAGUUGUUUGUAUUCUUGCAAUUGACAAAGGUGGAUUAUCGCCACCAACUGGGCUGGAGUGUCUAUUAUUCAAGCGCUCAACGUAAAAAUGUACAGGUGUGAGGCGUCUGGAAAAUAGGUCCACAAGUUUACAACAAAUGGUAAAACACCUGUUGGAAAGCAUCUUUUGCAGCGAUUUUUGUAUGAGCAUAUCAGUUAACACCCCUGACCACUCGGUGAGUUUCACGUCUUUGUAAAUGAAAAUUUAAUGCAUUUUAGGAAGUAUUGUUCCUGUGCACCUAUGCAGCCAUUGUGGGGGUGAGGGGUAAUACCACAGAAACCGAAAAUUCUCGGGCCAGCAUCAUAUGUCCAAAUUUCUGUCAAAACCGUUCUACUUCAUCAUAAACAAUCUGAAAACAGGGCUUUAAGUGUAAAAUACCGAACUUGUCCUUAAAGUUGUACAAAUGUGAUGCAUUGAUAGUGAUUACAGUGUUAACUUUGAUUGUGAAACAUCAGCAGCAGUGGUUAUUUUGUUUAUCUAAAAGCCAAACUGCAAGCUCAGGACACUUGACCACAUGGAUUGGGAUUCAAGACAUAAACUGAAAUGAUUUCCCACUCUUCAAAAAAUGUAAAGAUGAAGGGAUUUUUCUAAAAUUCAUUUUAUUGCCGUUUUGUAUUUCCGAAAAAGAAAAAAUUAUUGUCAUUUUACAUAAACAUUUGACCUGUUCAGAUUUCCAUUUUC